AUGAGCAAUCAGGCACGGGCCUCGCGACAUGCUUCGGGCAUUUUGCCCUCCAAACAAUUUUUUGCACCAAGAAAGCCUAUAACGCAAAGUGCUUCUAUAAGACGAAAGUCGACUAGUCCUAUUGCUCCCAAUUCACAAAACACCACUUCACCAACACCUCAAACCACAUCACUUUCGUUCACGUCCACAACCGGACUACCACCUCAUAGCAUCCAAUCGGAAGAAGAAGAAGUCUCUCUUUUACACCAGUCUGCGAUGCUCUCGUCGCUAUCCUCUGUCGUAACUUCAGCUAAUCCAUCGCUUGACCAGUCACUUGAUAGUAUUUUCAGCUCCGAGUUAUCAGAAAGCGCACCUGGUCGGACUGCUGCGCCUAUUCGACCCCCGAGCGCGCUUCUUAUUCGACGUUCAUAUCGUCAACAAACUGGAAACGGUGAUAUAUCACAGGCUACCAUUGAUUCCGUCUUGGAACCGGUCACCAAUGUUCCCGUCUUAGAGUCCACAACUUAUAGAAAUUCAGCUCUUCAAAAUACUGACUCCAGGGAUUUUGCGAUGGCUGCAUCGUUCACAAGGCAUUCUGAUAAUACUUUACCUAACACACCAUCCACAAAACUUCACUUAAUUUCACCAAAAAACACAUCGACCAAACAGACAUCUAAUGUGACUACGUACUCGGUCGCGGCAAAACAUAUGCCCCGUAUAAUAACAAAAUCCUCUUCAAUAUCAAACGCGAAUGAGAAAGGGCACAAACGUCUUUAUCAAGUUUGGCCCGGAAGAAAUCGAUUCUUUUUAGGUGGACGGAUAAUGACUAGCCGAGAUUUUCCAGCAUUCUUAAUUGCGUUCUGUGCACUUAUCAUACCGUCCGGACUCUUUUUGGGAUUUACGUGUCCAUACCUAUAUCGUAACGUUUCACCCGCAGUGGUCUUUAUAUUUAUCUAUUUCUUUUUAUUGGCACUUACCAGCAUGCUUAGAACAUCUUGGUCUGAUCCGGGGAUCAUUCCGCGUAAUCUGGAUCCUUCUCCACCGACAGAAGACCUUGAAGAUACCGAAAAUAAUGCGAACAGCGAUUCAUAUCCUCCGACACGUAGCAUACCACUUCCCAAAGAGGUUAAAAUUAAUGGGCAAACGAUUAGACUAAAAUAUUGUGAAACCUGCAAAAUUUAUAGACCCCCAAGAUGUAGCCAUUGCCGACAAUGUGACAAUUGUGUUGAAAACGAGGAUCACCACUGCAUAUGGCUGAAUAAUUGCAUUGGGCGAAGGAAUUAUAGAACAUUUUUUACCUUUAUCGCCACCGCCACCGUCUUGUGCUUUUAUGUUUUGGGAUUUUGCUUAGUACACUUGUUCUUAGUGAUGAAAGAUAAAAACAACAAUUUUGUGUACUCCAUAAUCGAUGCACCAAUUCGCGUACCUCUUUCACGAAGGAAUGGUACUAGAAACCUAAACCCUUUUGACUUCAGAAAUUUUCAUAGAAAUUGUUUAUGGGUGCUUUGUCGGCCUUUGACACGAAGGUGUUCGGUCAGUCGAAGAUCCUUUGUUGAUGAAAAUGAUUUGGACGAAUGCGAAAGCGCACAAAAUGAAUUGCAGCAACGACGAACGAAUAAUUCCGUAAAUACGGAAACCACCAUCAUAGAACAACCCAAAAGUAAAGAAUUGACUAAUCUAGAAUCUCCCACAACAGAAUCACGAGAACGGCAAGAUCAAUUCAAUGCCAUCAUUGUUUAA